UUUCAUCGUCACAGUGAAGGAUGUCCCAGCCAAGCGCACAUGAUUCUAGCAACAACAUUAUGAAUAUGCCUGCAUCAAUUCGAAGGCGAGACCCUGCAGCUGGCCGCGACAACAAGCCCCAACAAGGCACAGAACCGCUUCAAUCAAGCAACAGUCGACAAAUAAUUUCUAAACUGAAGAAGAUGCUGGGAAUUACAGGCGCGCGACCAGCGAACAAAGAUCCCAUUGGGAACUUCGCCAAGGUACUCCCGCGCAGUACACCACUGGUAUCCGUCUGUAGAGCAAAACCAGACUGUCUCUCAGCUACGUUUUGAUCCUUGUGCGCGUCGCUAACUUCACAUCAGCGCCUCGCUGCCCACCCCAUACGGAGUCCCCGAGACAACGACGAAGACUCCGAAUCGGACAACAAUGACGAAGGACACGACCGUGCUCCAACCAGCAGCGCUCCACCUCAAGCCACCGAGGAAGGCGCACAUGCCAGAGACCAGACUAUGCAGGGAUAACACAACAUGAACACGCACGAAAGUCAGACGAGCCAAGGGGAGAACGGGUCAAUUGACGUGUCCGCAGCGCAACGCGGCGGCGCAGGGUGGACCUUGGUACGGACGAGCAUGUGGGGAGUGGGGUCUACAUAGCGGAAAGCCAUUUUGCUACGGGUGUUCGAACGAAUGAUGGACCUUGCGUGUGUAGUUCAGCUGUGGAUUCAAGGAGAGCAAGGACGGCGCCAUUGCCGAGAGAGUGGUUGUCACGAGCAAGGGCGCGCAAAGGCAUUCGCGAAUCCAUCCAAGUUGAUUAUUGAUUAUUGAAUAUUGAUUGGUC